CGCGCGAGGAAGUGGCGCUGUUGUUUGAGCGACGGGACCGUCUCGCUGUGUCUCGUGGGUUCACCCGAACAGCAUUUACCGUGUUUCGGUGAGUUCUGCCGUUAAUGAACCGGGACUGAUCGCGCUCAACAGCUUCUCGUGCCGUCCGGUCAUCAUAAUCGCGAGUGAUGGCUGCUGAGGUCAAUGGCAGCUCUGCUCUGGCUAAAGAAGAGGAGGAGCCCAUGGACGUGUCGGUCACACACUCUGAGAACACACACUCUGAGAACACACACUCUGAGCACUACCAGACGCUGCUGGACGCAGGUUUGCCGCAGAAGGUGUCCGAGAGCCUGGACAACAUCUUCCAGACCGGGCUGGUGGCGUACGCGGAUCUGGACGAGCGAGCGCUUGAUGCGCUGAGGGAGUUUAAUGAGGAGGGGGCGCUGUCGGUUCUGCAGCAGUUCAAGGAGUCGGACCUCUCACACGUGCAGAACAAGAGUGCGUUCCUGUGUGGCGUGAUGAAGACGUACCGGCAGCGGGAGAAGCAGGGCAAUAAAGUGCAGGAGUCGACGAAAGGCCCGGACGAGACCAAGAUCAAGGCUUUGUUGGAUCGGACCGGAUACACACUGGACGUCACCACGGGUCAGCGGAAGUACGGCGGCCCGCCUCCAGAUGAAGUGUUCUCCGGCCCACAGCCCGGCAUUGGCACCGAGGUGUUUGUGGGUAAGAUCCCGCGUGACCUGUAUGAGGACGAGCUGGUUCCGCUGUUUGAGAAGGCCGGUGCGAUCUGGGAUCUGAGGCUCAUGAUGGAUCCGCUCACCGGGCAGAAUCGCGGCUACGCCUUCAUCACGUUCUGCAACAAAGACGCCGCGCUGGAAGCUGUCAAACUGUGUGAUAACUACGAGAUCCGCUCGGGGAAGUACCUGGGCGUCUGCAUCUCCGUGGCCAAUAACCGUCUGUUCGUCGGGUCCAUUCCCAAGAACAAGACCCGGGAGAGUAUCCUGGAGGACUUCGGCAAAGUCACCGAGGGCCUGCAGGAGGUGAUCCUCUACACGCAGCCGGACGAUAAGAAGAAGAACCGCGGCUUCUGUUUUCUGGAGUACGAGGACCACAAGUCUGCGGCCCAGGCCCGGCGCCGGCUCAUGAGCGGGAAGGUGAAGGUGUGGGGGAACCCGGUGACCGUGGAGUGGGCCGACCCGGUGGCUGAGCCCGACCCCGAGGUCAUGGCCAAGGUGAAGGUGUUGUUCGUGCGUAAGCUGGCCACGCCGGUGACCGAGGAGCUGCUGGAGAAGACCUUCUCCCAGUUCGGGAAACUGGAGCGCGUGAAGAAGUUGAAGGACUACGCCUUCGUUCACUUCGAGGAGCGCGACGCUGCCGUCAAGGCGAUGCAGGAGAUGAACGGUAAAGAGCUGGGCGGCGAGGAGAUCGAGAUCGUGUUGGCCAAACCUCCAGACAAGAAGAGGAAAGAGAGACAAGCAGCCCGACAGACCACCAGAAACACCGGGUAUGACGACUACUACUACUACCCUCCCCCCCGUAUGCCUCCUCCGGGGCGCGGCCGUGGGCGUGGCACGCGCGGCGGAUACUCUUACCCGCCCGAUUACUACGGCUACGAGGAGUACUACGACGACUACUACGGUUACGAUUACCACGACUACCGGGGCGGCUACGACGACCCCUACUACGGUUACGACGACGGCUACACCAUGAGGGGGCGGGGCAGUCGCGGCAGCCGUGGAGCUCCGCCCCCUCCCAGAGCCCGCGCGGCUCCGCCCACCCGCGGCAGGGGGUACGCUCCGAGGGGCGGGGUCCCGAUGGGGGCCGGGCGUGGCCGCGGGGGCCGUGGCGGGCCCUUCCAGCCACCCAGGGGUCGUGGCAUCAGAGGCGCGCGAGGAAACCGCGGCGGGAACGUGGGCGGGAAACGCAAGGCCGACGUGUUCAACCAGCCGGACUCGAAACGGCGCCAGACGAACCAGCAGAACUGGGGCUCGCAACCCAUCGCCCAGCAGCCCUUGCAGCAGGGCUCCGACUACGCCUCCAGCUACGGCUACAGCAACGACACGCUCGAGUUCUCCCAGGACUCCUACGGCCAGCAGUGGAAGUAGAGGCGGAGCACUUCCUCUUGCCUAGCGCUGGAUGAACUAGCGGCUGCGCUACCCAGGCGACACUGAGAUCUUGAGAAUGUGACGCGUUGAGCGGGAUUACAAACGCCUCUGAUUGGCCGUUGUUCACAAGCUCAUGGGCUAACGCACGCGCACUUGAGUGUUUUGAGUAUAAUCAAAUUAUAAGGUGUUUUCUUUCUUUACUUUUUUUGUUGUUGUUUGGUCAUAUGUUUAUUUUGAUUCAUAUUUAAAAGAAAAAGGGAAAAAAAGAAAGCAGGAGCGUUUGAAAUCAGAAGAUCGGGCAUUUCAAACACUCCUGUUUUUAUUUUUAUUGCAGGAAUAACAAAUUUACAAAAUACACACAUCGAAAAAUAAACGGAAACUACAAUAUAAACAAACUAAAAAAGAGGUAAAGAAAGGAAAUGCCUUAUAAUUUGAUUAAAAUUUACGAAGCGCAGACUCGUGAACACAACGGCCAAUCAAAGGCGUUGACGAUCCCGCUCAAAGCGUCACAGGUUUAGAUUCCGCGUCGACUCGGUCGCUAGUUCGUCCAGCGCUACUCCCGCCCCCCUGAGAAUCAAGAUGGUGAUUGGCCAGCAGUGUUUGUUUGACUUUUCUAUCCUCUAGCCCUGUAGACCCCGUCGUGGCCCUCACACUGACCACUUUUACCCCUCAUCUUCCUCUUUUAAACUCCACAUGAACAUUUUAAAGAAGACACUGAUCCUUCCGUGUGCGAGGACGCUUGAAUCAUGAAAUGGCCUUCCAGAAGAAGUGUUGUCCUCGUGCUCGUCUCAGUGCUAGUGGCGUAGGGACUCGCGUGUACAUAACGGCUUAGACUAGAGCUUCGUUCAGCGUUUGGUGUUUUUGCAGAGUGGAGAACAGGUCCACGAGAAGGAAGAGUUUUGUAGCAGGAUUUGCUGUUAAGUGUCUGUUAGCAUUUCUAGAAGUAGUUGAAUUGUGUUUUUUAAAAACUGAUAUACUGAUAUUAUAACUUCAGAUGUUUUUUUUCCAUUUGGGAUUUGCUGGUGAGGGUUUUGGUCCGGCUGACCCUAAGAGCCACGGCCGCUGGUCUGAUGUUUGUAUUUAUAACUUUUAUUUUUUGUUUGUUCGGUUUCAAUAAAACUCAAUCAAGCAACUUC